AUGGCCCACUCCUCUAAGGACAAGCCGGUCGAGAUUGAGGAUGAUGAUGAUGAGGACGAUAAUGUCAGCCUUGCUGACAAACUCAAGGGUCGAAAAAGGAAAGCUAAGCCUACUGCUUCAGUUGGCCAGAAGAAGGCCAAGGGGGCCGGUGCUUCCACAACAAGCAAGGCUUCUCCAUUGGUGUCUGAUGCUCAGCCUGAAAUCGAUGGCAAGGAAGGUGGUGGCAACGCUGCUAUUCAGGCUGAUGUCCACGAGCAUUCCACUUCCAAUCUUCCAUCCCGUGAAAAUUCUCCAGCUCCCAGCCCUGCAAAAUCCAAAACUGGGGGCGUCGAGAAGCCCCCUAAGGCUGCGUCUUCAGUCAAAAAGACUUCGACAGCUGAGGGGAGAAAGAAGACUAGGAGAAAAUCUGGUCACAAGUCCCCUCACCAUUCCAAGAGCUCCACCAACUCCAGCCCUUCCAAAGGGUCUACUCGUCAGGAAACUCAAGGUGCAACUUCUCCUAUUCAUGAAGAAGAGACUCCUCAGGUCGAGAUCCUGUUGCCAGCCGAUGAUUCGCGUUCGAGAGUGCAACCUGACAAGGAUGCUAGCCCCAUGCCUCCUCCAAAGUCGACGACUGCUAUUGUGCAGCUUUCACCUCAAGCCAAGGGCGGUUCUUCAUCUCGUGUGUCUAGCGAGAAGCUUGACACCUUAUUUGAGGAAGACCCACUAGUGGCCUUAGAUGGCUUUCUCGAUGACACUUUGGAAUGGGAUUCUCCGCCUCGUCAAGCUGAUGUUACUGCUAAGACUGCUCAAUCCAGUGAAAUUGCCAAUCUCCAGCAAAUUGAGGAGAGCCUGGGUCGGCUGAAGGCUAUUGUCUUCGACAGUGGAUUCCUCGACCAGAUUCGAGCUGAUUCUCAAACGAGUCAUACUGCUAAGGAAUUGCUCGUCUUCCUGCUUGGUCAAAAGCUUGAUUCUCGCCAGACCGCUUUGGCCAACCUUCAAUCCUUUUUGAUGGAUGCCUUAGCCACUUUCCAUCAAGCCAAGGACAUGGGCCAAGCUGUUAGCCUCAAGGAAGCCAAAGUCUCUUCUGGUAAAGCUCAGAUUGCAGCGAUGAAAGAGGACUUCAAGAGAUUCACUGCCAGGAAGGUUUUAAUUGCAGAUGACAUAUCUGAUGUCGACACUAAACUUGAGGAGCUGCGUCGAGAGAUUACAAAGUUGGAGAAGAAACGGCUGAUUUGGUCGAGGAAGGCCCUGCUGUGAAGACUCAACUAGAUGCGCUCACUAAGGAAACCAAGGCUCUGAUCGUCUCGACGAAGGAGGUUAUCAAGGACUUAGAGGUUGAUCAGGCUGUCAAGAGGGAUCUCGAAGCCAAAAUUGCCACUUUUGCUGACCGCUUGGAUUCUUUCAAAUCUCAGCUCUAGGAUUCCUCUUUUCAUUUAUCGGUUUGUAAUGAUGACAUUGUUUUGAUCAUGGCUUUUGAUGCCAAAUUUCCUGUACUUAUUUCGACAACGCCUUUGGCACUUGACUUUUGGGCUAUUUAAUCCAACCAUUAAU